AUGGCCACCACCAUCAAUGACCCAUCUACAAAGUAUUCCCAACCCUCUAGUGCACCCGAAAUGGAGCCCCUGCCACUCUCCUAUUUCAACUACCACGAAUACCUAGUGCAAAGGUAUGCACCCACCAAAGACUCUCCAGAUUCUCAAGCUUCUCCACAUUCACAACAAUCUGAUCAAAACUCAUCGCUUUCAACUAAUGUGGCGCCGCAGACAGCAUUAGUGGUCAACCACUUUCCUAAUCCAUAUACUCCGCGGCAUUCUGAUCUCUACAAGAAGACCAGAGUAGUACGAAUUCCUCGCCAAUAUGACUCAGUGGAGUUUCUGUACAUGGUUCCACAAUACUCCACGUUUGUACCUGGCGACGAGCCAGCGGCUAUCAAGGGUGAAAGAAACGAGUUUGUAACUUGUGGUAAGUACGAUAGCUCUAUUUUUGGAGCUACUUCCGCCACUCCUUUGGUGCCGAACUGGAUAUCAGAGGAGGAGUUUGUUGAGAUCGUUAAAGAUGUGAACAGUCGAUUGGAGGAGGCGUGGUCGCCGCAGCAGACUCUGACAUGGCUAGACAAUGUCAUGGACUUCUUAACGGCGACGUUGUAUCUGCGGCUCUUCACUACAAAUGUCCGAGAUACGUUUUUGAAGCGAAAGAUGGAAGAUUUGGAGAGGUAUGUGGGGGAGGUGAAUCAACGGUUGAAGCAGCGCAAUGAGAAAUUGGCACUUAUUUCACCUGUCAAGAGUGCGUUUUUAAGUUUGGAUUUCCAGAUCCCUACUCCUGGCGAGACAGUGCUGAAACUUGAAAACGAUGGGAUGUAUGGAAAGUGA